UGAGAAGCUUUUAAAUUUUAUUUGUUAUGCCAGUGAUUAUACUAUUUGAUAAGCUCAAAAACGUCGCGGGAAAUUCCUACUAACAAAGACACCUUCAUAUAUAAUGAUCUCUCUUGGAAACCAUCAGCGACAAUACGCUUUUAUACACACACAUACAUUCCUCUGUCCAUCUUCUUUCCUCAUUUUCAACUCAUGAGUGCACCACCGUCAACUUUCCGCAAAAUUCAAGCCGUUGAGAUUGGCAACAACUACCGUAAAGUAACCCAAGUCGUCACUGUGCCGUACAAUAGCUUAACGGACGACCUAAAACCAAACCAAGUUAUUGUCAAGAACUUGUAUCUGGGUAUUAACGCUUCUGACGUGAAUUAUACUAAUGCUAAAUAUGUGCCUGGUAUCAAGCCUCCAUUUGACGUUGGGUUUGAGUCCAUGGGACAAAUUAUACAAGCUGGCUCUUUGGUGCCCAAAGAAGCUGUCGGUAGUCAUGUGCUUGUUUCUCAAUAUGGUGCUUAUGCAGAAUAUAUGUCUGUCCCCUACACAAGUGUGAUCCCAGUCCCGGGUAACAAAAUCGAAUAUAUGGCUUUGCGCUCAUCCGGUCUCACGUCUUCCAUUGCACUUGAAGAAAUGGGUCGUAUGACGACUGGCGAAACUGUAUUGGUCACGGCUGCUGCUGGCGGUGCUGGUCAAAUUGCCGUUCAACUUGCCAAAUUGGCUGGUAACCAUGUCAUUGGCACUUGCUCGAGUGAUGAUAAGGUUGUUAUGCUCAAGUCUUUAGGUUGUGAUCGAGUGAUCAAUUACAAAAAGGAAGAUUUCAAGACGGUCCUGAAGAAAGAAUACCCCAAGGGCGUGGAUAUCGUCUUUGAAAGUGUCGGUGGAUCGUUCUUUACUACUUGCUUGAACAGUUUGGCUGUCAAGGGCCGAUUAAUUGUGAUCGGCAUGGUUUCCACCUACUCGGGCGCAUCCGGUAUGCAGGGUGACAAGGUAGAUACGCUCAAGCUGUUGGGCAAGUCGCGUACAGUAGCCGGCUUUUUCGUUCCCGACUAUCUCCAUCUAUAUCCCUCGCAUAUGCAGAAACUAGUCAAAUUGUUCCAGGAAGGCAAAUUGAAGGUUGAAAUUGAUUCUGCUGGUUUGGAUGGUAUUGAGCAUGUUGUGGAUGGCGUCGAGUAUCUGCAUUCGGGUAAUAACAAGGGCAAGGUGGUGAUACCCUUGCUUCCUGUCAAUCACUCCAAGAUUUAACCAAUGUAGUAAUAAUAAAGUUAUAUAACUUUUGGCCAGUGAUUUUGGUCAGAUGAUUUCAUUUGUAUAUACAAUGUUGAGAUUCAUUUGUUUGAUUUCAUUAGAGGAAAAGAG